CUCUCCUUAACCAACCGUCUCUCAUCCGGUACACGCGGUCGAGUCACUGGCUAGAUAAGUGCCGAGCUACGGGCGAUAUAUCCUGGUCUGUCGGAAUUUGGAGUCAUUUCGCAGCGCUCUCGAGACUCGGUGGAUCGCCGCUCGUCGUUUAUGGUGGAAUUGUAGCUGCGGUCUCGUCGAGGAGCCAUGGCGCGAUACGGGCAGCGUCCCGAGAACGCCCUGAAACGGGCGUACGAAUUUAUCGAAGUGGGCAAGCCAGCUCGGGCAUUAGAUACACUGCAGGAAGUCUUCCGUAACAAAAAAUGGACGUACAGCUGGUCAGAGUCUGUACUGGAGCCCAUAAUGUACAAGUACUUGGACCUAUGUGUGGAACUGAAAAAGUCACACAUAGCCAAGGAGGGUCUGUUCCAGUACAGGAACAUGUUCCAAUCUGUCAAUGUCGGCAGUUUGGAGAACGUCAUACGCAGCUACCUGAGAAUGGCUGAGGAGAAGACGAACGCAGCUCGCAAGCAGAGCCAGCAAGCGGUGAUUGACAUUGACGAUCUUGACAAUCUCGCUACGCCAGAGAGCAUCCUACUGUCCGCGGUGAGCGGCGAGGACGCCCAAGACAGAAGCGACCGCACCAUAUUGACACCUUGGGUGAAGUUCUUGUGGGAAUCAUACUGCCAAUGCUUGGAGUUGCUCAGAACCAACGCGCAUGUGGAGACUCUCUACCAUGACAUCGCGCGUAUGGCCUUCCAGUUUUGCCUCGAGUACAAUCGUAAGACUGAAUUUCGUAAAUUGUGCGAGAAAUUGCGGAAGCAUCUCGAAGAGAUCUGCAAACUGCCGCAGCUGGUCUCGAACGUCUCCAUGAACAAGGCGGAGACGCAGCAACUGAAUCUCGAAACCAGAUUGAAUCAAUUGGACUCGGCAAUACAGAUGGAGCUCUGGCAAGAAGCCUUCAAGUCGUCGGAGGACGUGCAUGGCAUGAUGAACUUAUCGAAGAAGUUACCGGUCCCAAAGACCAUGGCCAACUACUACCAGAAACUGGCGAUGGUUUUCUGGAAAGCCGGCAAUUUCCUGUUUCACGCGGCCGCGCUGUUCAAGCUGUUGCAGCUGUCCCGCGAGAUGAAAAAGAACAUGUCGUCGGAGGAGCAGCAGCGAAUGGCCAACCGGGUGUUACUAGCAACCUUGUCGAUACCAUUACCGUCCGCGCAUCCUGAAUUCGACCGCUUCAUAGAGACGGACAAGAGCCCGCUGGAGAAGGCGCAGAAGCUCGCGACGCUCUUGGGCCUCUCGCAACCACCCACUCGCGUUUCUCUGCUCAAAGAUAUCGUGCGCCUGAACGUGGUGAUGCUCGCGUCGCCGCAGCUGCAGGAGCUGUACUCGUGGCUGGAGGUGGAGUUUCACCCGUUGGAGCUCUGCGGCAGAGUCGACUCCGUUAUACAAACGCUGCAGGCGGACGAGAACAGCCCGUUGACCCAAUAUGUCCCUGCGUUGCAGGACGUUACGCUCGUGCGUCUUGUUCACCAGAUCUCCCAGGUCUACCAGACCAUCCAGUUCUCCCGGCUGCUGGAGCUCGCCAAGUUCACGACCGACUUCCACUUGGAGCGUCUGCUGGUGGACUGUGUGCGCUACAACGACAUGCAGAUCAGGAUAGAUCACGGCAAGACUUGCGUACACUUUGGCGUGGACCUGUCAGAGGCGCAACGGGAGGAUCAUCCGGACGGCCCGGUGCUGCAGGCGAUGCCGUCCGAGCAGAUACGCUGCCAGCUCGUCAACAUGGCGACCGUGCUGCACCGCGCUAUCAAUGUUAUCAAUCCCAACAAGAAGAAGCUGGAGCGGGAGAAGAUGCGUAGCGCGAUGGUCGGCCACUAUCACGAGACCAAGAUGAAGGAGCACCAGAGGAUAUUGGGGAGGCACAAAAUCAUUGAGGAGAGGAAGGAGUACAUCGAGCACAUCAACACCGUCCGCGAGGAGGAGGAGAUGCGCAGACAGGAGGAACUCCAGCGACAGCAGAUGCUGGCCGAGCAGAAGAGGAUGGAGCAAGAGCGCGAGGAGCGCGAGCGGAAACGCCAGCAGAGCGAGAUACAGCAGAUCAAGGACCGCCACCUGAAGGAAAAGAUGCAGCAGAUCUCGCAGACCAGUCAUGGGCAGAAGGUGUUGAAGAAGCUCGACGAGGACGAGAUCAAGAAGCUGGACGCGGAGCAGAUCGCGGCGAGGGAGGCGGAGGAGCUGCAGAAGGAGCGGCGGGAAAUGCAGCAGAAGCUCAAGUCGCAGGAGAAGAAGGUCGACUACUUGGAACGCGCGAAACGCCUCGAGGAGAUCCCGUUGCUGGAGAAGGCGGUGGAGGAGAAGAUGGAGCUGGCGAAACAGUGCUGGAAGCAGCAAGAGGACGAGCGAAUCGCCGCGACCGUCGAAGAGAGGCAGCAGGCUGUUGCGACGCGAGAGCGUAUGGCACGCAUGAAGGCCGACCACGACAUCUUCCUCGCCAAGAUCCUGGCUGAGCGUAAGAACAUAUAUCUGGAGAAGCAGAAGGAGUAUGACAAGCUGCUGAACGAGGAGCGCGCCAAGAGGUUGUUGCAACGCAAAAAUCAGCGCAAAGCCGAGCGCAAGGCCAAGUGGGAGAAGGAGCGCGCCGAGGCCGCAGAACGACGGCGCCUGGAGGAGCUGCGCAUCAAGCAGGAGGAGGAGAAGAAGCGCUUGGAGGAGGAGAGGGCCAAGAGGGAAGAGGAGGAGAGAGUCAGACGGGCCGAGGAGGAGGCCAGAGAAGCGGAACGUUUGGCCAAGCUCAAGAAGCAGUCUGAGAUCAUGCGAAACAGGGAAGCCGAGAUCGAACGGAAACUCGAGGAAGAACGCCAGCGGACCAAGGAACUGACGGCAACAUGGCGGCGUAAUCCCGAAAGAGAUCAGGAACGUGAGCGUGAUGGCCCGAAACCUGCAAUGGAGUCAUGGCGGCGUAAUCCCGACCCCAAGGAUUCCAACGGACUCAAGAGCGAAGCGGAGCGCUGGAGGAAGCGGGACGACAAAAUCGAGGAGUCUUCAUGGAAGAGGAGGGAACCGGAACGACGCGACAUGGACAAGUGGAGAAGAAAUGACGACUCGGAUAGAUGGAAGGACAGUAUGGAGAAAUGGAGGGACAACUACGAUAGAGAUGAUCGCGAGCGUGAUCGCGACCGUGAGCGUGAUCGUGAUCGUGACCGCGAACGUGAUCGUGAUCGCGAACGUGAUCGUGAUCGUGAUCGUGAUCGCGAUCGUGGAAUGGACGGCGGUCGCUCGAUACGCGAAAUUCCUCGGGAUCCGAUGCUAUCAUCCGAUCGAGACCGCGGCAGAAUGUCCGACCGUCGCGGUGGUUAUCGACGUGACGAGCCUGUACGAAACACCAAUCAGGACUGGCGCAAACGCGACCCACCUCCAGACUCUCCUAGAGAUCCACCCAAGCGAGAGCGAGAGGAACGCAAGGAAGAGAAACUUCCGCCUAGGCCCGACGAAAGAAGGCGGCCACUGGAGGAUGACGGCUGGUCAAAAGUCAGUCGACGCUAACAGUGGAUCUCUACAGCUUCGUUCGUGUAAUUGUUCGAUGUCGGUUACUCUGUGUAUGGAGUCUACUUAUUAUCUGAGUCGAGACUCUGUUGAGACAAAUGAACAAACACGAAUUUCUUGCUUUCCAA